UUUUGACAUUUGGAUGUUUAUUAUUCUGUAAUCUUUAAUCAAAGAGUAAUAAAUCAGCUUUGAUUAUCUGCUGUAUUUUGAUUUUGUAUUAUUUUCAAUUUCCAUAACGUUAUAAAAAAUGAAUCCCCUUACAAAUAUGAAAAAUGUCACUAAACUUAGUGAACGAGAAUUGCAAAAUAACAGCAAAUCUUCAUGGCAUGAUCAAUAUCGAGAUAGUGCAUGGAUUUUUAUUGGUGGCCUACCUUACGAGUUAACAGAAGGUGAUAUAAUCUGCAUAUUUUCUCAGUACGGGGAAAUUGUAAAUAUAAAUCUUAUAAGGGAUAAAGAUAACGGAAAAUCUAAAGGAUUUUGUUUUCUAUGCUAUGAGGACCAGAGAUCAACAAUAUUAGCUGUUGAUAAUUUGAAUGGAAUUAAAGUAUUAAAGAGGAUUAUUAGAGUUGACCACGUUAGUGAAUAUAAGAUUCCUAAAGAGGGUAAAAAAACAGGUGAAGAAACAAAGAAAUUAUAUAAUGAAGGUUGUGCUCCAAAAGCUGUGGUACCCAUUGUCAAAAAAGUUAUCGAGAAUCCAGAAUAUAGAAGGGAGACGUUAGCUGACCAAAUCCAAGCAGACAUAAAAUUACCUGCAAGAUUGCCAAUUCGUAUAGACAUCAAAAAAGAAAUUGAUUCUGAAGAACUAAUUCAGCCCAAAACUGAGCAAGUUAAAAAGGAAAAAAAGAAAUCCAGAAAGUAUUCUGAUGCUGAAGAUUCAGAUUCAGAAUCGAAGAGGAGGAAGAAGAAAAAGAAAAGUCAUAAAAAACAGAAUUCUUCUUCUGAAUCUGAUACAAACAGCGAAAACAAAUUUGAUUCCCAAAAAAAAAAUUUGGAUAGAAAAAUAGGAAGCUUGGGUAAAUUAAAAAAUGAUGAAAAGGGUAUGAGACGAAGGGAAAGAUCAAGAAAUAGGGAAAAUGGCAAAAGGAGUAGAUCUAGAAGUUAUGAAAGAAAACGGGAAAGGAGUCGCUCUAGAAAUCGUGUUGGGAAAAUAAGUAAAGAAAAACACUCACAUGUUGAUAGGAACCAACAUGAAAAAUAUAAAAGACGAUCCAGAAGUCGAUGAAAUAUUCCUAGAUGUUGAAUUGAACACAUACUCAAGUCUUUCUUAUACUGUGUCAUAAAUUGUUUCAGUCUUUCUAAGUCAAACUCCAUGCGAUUUUGAAAGAAUAAUUCAAUAUAUAAUUUAUGGAAAUCAA